AUGAUACAUCAGCUUCUAAGAAAUUAAACAGCACUGCAAUUUGAAAUACAGAUCAUUGAUUUUAUAAAAGUCGUUCAUUUAGAGUCAACUGUUAAGUUUGCCAAAUCAUUGGUUUUGAAUAGCUAUGGUCCAGAUAUAUUAGUCAGGAAUCAAAUAAACCAUAUCAAAUUGAAAUUUUCUAACUUGAUUAUUAAUUCUGAGAUGUUUUUAGUUCAGUGUAAUAAUAGAACGCUUGAUCCAUUCAAUAUCGCUUUCUUAAAUGAUUCUGCAGUUGUAAUUAAGCUUGAUGAGCAACAUAUUCUCAAUCAUAAAAUAGUUGUCUGUAUUUUCGCUAAUUCAAUAAACGGAAACUAUUAAGAGAUUAAAUUAUCUGUGACUGAAAAUUUGUUAAUUCAGAAUAUUACUGCCUUUGCUUUGAGUAAUUAAACAACUCAAAUUAACUUCAUGUUUGAUAGAUAAAUAGUGAGGCAAUUUCACUCCUCCAUUUACUGCCAUUUUUCAUAUUCCAAUAUAACUCAUCUUGUAAGGUCUGAUAUUGAUUUUGAUACAGUAGCAUGCUAUGUAAAAUACAAAGGCUAUUCUUAUGUCAAUAUCUAAGUUAUUUAAAUAUUUGGCAUAAACUAGCAUUUCUUGGCUCAUGUGACAGGAAAUUAUUUAAAGGCCGAGUAGAUAUUAUAAGGAUAUAAAUUUGAUGUUUAUUAAUUGACUUUGAUCGGUAUUCUUAAAUUUACACUCUCAAGUAAACAAUCAUACAUUUCAAUUCUUAACUCGAUUAAAAGUUAAUUAGAUUAAGUUAAUCCGGAAAGUUAAACUGAUGAAUAAUUUCCCAUAAUAAACUAUUUGAUUUAAGGAAACUAAACUAUCUAAAGGGAAGAGUUCAACUUAAAUGAUAAUACAAACUUAAAUAACACUAGUUUCGAAAAAAAUUUAACAAUUGAUACUAUUUCAUAAUAGUUAUUAGAGAAUUUGUAAGAUAAGCACAGAAACAUAAACUUUGAUAUGCUUGGCUAAUAAUAUACCAUUGAUCGCAAAAAUAUUUCUCCUCAUAAUGUAGCUUUAAAUGAAAAAGAGUCUAUUGCAAUGAAUUAAUUAAAUGAAAGAAGAAUAAACUCUAUCUUUGAUACAUCCUAAUUUGGAAAAUUCCUCAAUUAAGUGCCUCAUUUUGGUAGAAUAACUAGCAUAAUGAAUGAAUAUCCAGAUAUAAAACAUUUUUAGGCAAGAUUGAAUGGAGUGUAUGGGGAAUUCUUUAAAUUUAUUCCUAUUCAAACAACUUUACCAGAUUAGUUUACAUCUUCUAUUAUUCAAAGUAUAUCAGAGCUCUCUCAAUCAAGAAUGAUUCAUGAAAUAAACUCGAUCUCAACUCAUCUUAUUUUUACCAGAAGAGAAAAUUUUAUACUAGUAUAAGCUGAUUCUUUUCCAAGUGAAGAUAUUUCAGUAAGACUUGUACUAGUUAGAAUAGCAGCGACAUAAAUAAAAAAUAAUGUUAAAUAUCAAGAUUAUUUUCAGAUUGAACCCUUUACUAUUCAUAAUUCUACUCACGCUACCUUUAAAAUUGACCCAGGAAUUGCAAGUGGUCUGUACAAAGUUUCAUUAAUGAUUAAUUUCAAAGACUCUAAAAGUUUUCUUUAUUUGAUAGCAAUUAGAUAAGCUUUGACUGACUAUAAAUUAGAAUAAAUAUAACCACAAAAUAGAUUAGUCGCGAUAGCAUUCAAUGGUACUUUAAAUCUUACUUUUUCAAACACAGAUUUUCCUCUAUUUGAUAAAAUUAAAAAGCGCAUACCACAAUUAGAUGACUUAAAGUUAAUUUGUAUGAUAUAAGAGGGUAAUAAUAGGAUAAUUUCAAAAGGUAUUGCUUAAUAGCUUACCUAGGAGCAAUAUUCUUGUAAAUUGGAUCUCUUAAAAAACUCAAGCAUCGUUGAGAAUUCUCUAGUUUAUGCUUUUUAACAUAUCAAGGUAAGGUUCCAGAUUUCUUAUAGCAAAAUCAUAUAACAAACUAUAAUUGAUGAUGUCAAUCUAUAAUUAGUCUUAAAACCUUAAUUAAUUUCUGUAACUAGAGGCAAAUUUAUUUUGCAGAGCUAUCAUAAUGCUAACAUUUCUUUUACAAUGAGUAAUUUUGUCUAAGAUAAAACAUAUUGCUUCCUUAAAGAUAGCAGUUGGGGAAAGGUGAUAAAAUUACCAAAUUAAGAACUUUAUUGGUGUAGCAUUCAACUUAAAACAUAAAUGAUUAAUUCCCAAAUUUCAAUUGGAAAUAAUAUCGAUGAUAUCUCCCAAUUAGAUGCUAACUUUGACAAUAAUGAUAAUAUUUGGAAAAGUAACUAAUAAGUUUACUUCAUUUAAUCAUAAUUCUUUAAUCCAGCCCCAAAAAUAGAGCCUCAGCAUUUUAGGUUAUUUACUAACUAGAAAGAAUCUAUUCAAAUAGUAGCCCAAUAAUCCAAGAUAGCUUUUGAAAAUUAUCAAUCCAUAAAGUUAAAUUGCAAAUUUUAUAAGCAAGAUGAUGAUACCUAGAUACUGUUUGAAACUCCUUGCAAUUUUAUUAGUAAUAGACUAGAUGCAAUAAAUAUCUAUAUUAAGCCAUUUUCAUUAAACAAAGGGACUUUUAAAAUUUAGUUUUCAAUUGAUGAGCUUUAUGAUUCCCAAAUAUUCGAAAUAAUCACAUUUGAAGUUAUUCCUAAUCCAUGGUUAACAGACCUCUAUCCUAGAUACUUCUUAAAAUCUAGCACACUUGAUAAAAAUAUAAUGAUGAUAGGAAGAGGAUAUGAUGAACUUAAAUCUAAUGAGCCUCUAUUGUACUGUAUUCUGUAGUUUUAAUCAUAAGGCAGACAAAUACUUUAAACAAAAGGAUUAAAAGCAAAAGUAAUUACAGAUAGUGUUAUAAGAUGCAGCAUCGACAUUAAAUAACAAUUGUUCAUAUCUAGCAAUAUUAAUGGGCUUAAUAAUGUCUACUUUAGGAUGGGACUACAUCUAUCUAACAAAGAGAUUUAAUUUACAACUAUAAAAGGCCACAUAUUCUAGAUAUAAUCUAGUUUGCAACUUAACCAAUUAUAUUCCGAGCCCACUUUCUUCACCUAAAAUACUUAAUAAUCAAACACAAAUUUAAAAAUCUAUACAUCCAGGUCCUAAAUAUUAAGAGAAGAUUCUAAUGAUCUAUAUAAUGUUGAGUUUAUUUGUAGCUUCUAUGAAAACAAUAAUCAUUAAAACCUUGUGACUGAGUCUAGUCUGGAAACAAUUCAUUAUAAUUAUCUAGCUGAUGCAUCUUAGAUUGAAUGCUAAAUUCCCAAAGUGGGUGAAUUAAAGAAUGCUAAUGAAGGAGAUUUCCUUGAUUUGAUUAUUCAUAUUGUCAGAACCCCCAAACUUUACACUUCCUAUAUUGACAUUUAGAAGGAAAAAAUAACAAAUAAUGCAUUGAAGGUCAAACUAGUGCCAAAGCCAGUGAUUACUAGAAUUUUUCCUGCAUAUGUCUAUAAUCUUGCUCUAAUACAACAGAUAACUAUUUAUGGAUAACACUUUAUAAAUUCAUUUGCGCUCUAGUGCCAAUUUGAAUCUCAAUUUCAUAAUCAAACCGUCAAAGCUAUGUACGAUAAUAAUGGUAAAAUAUAUUGCUCAAUCGUAAGUUUAAAAGAAAUGAAUCAGCAAAUUACUUUGACUAUUUCUAACGAUUAUGGAGAAACAGAGAGUAAUCCUAUUCAAUUGAAUAUUGUGAGAAACUUACCUUACAUCAAGACAUUGAUAAGCCCAAUCUAAAUAUAUUCAAAUACAAAGACUGAUAUAAUAGUGCAAGGUACUUUCCUUGAGAACCUAAAUAAGCUAGCAAUCAAAGUGAAAUAAGCAAGGGCUCUAGAAUUAGUUUUUUAUUGCAAUAAAACUUUAUCUGAUAUUUCAUUAGCCACUUGCUACGAUUUAAUAUUGCCGAAAUAAGGAAAAUAUUAGGUCUAUAUUAUACCUAAUGAGGACAUUUCACAGCUCUUGAAAACUGGAUUAAUUUUAGAUGUUGCUUAAUUCAUUUAAGCUAACUAUGUUUAGCCUUAGACCACUCAAAUUCAGCUGUAAUAACCAUUGAUAUUGGAAACACCAGUAGUUGUUCAAUCGCUUGAUAAAAAUUUAGUUUCUUUUGGACAAGUCUUAAUAAUAAGAGGAAUGUAUUUCAAAAGUAACCUAGAGUAUUAUGUAACUCUUUAAUUUAAUACCUAGGACUAACUUUUCUAUUCAAAAGCUAUUUUCAUUUCAACUACUGAGCUUACAUGGACAUUUGAUUUACCACUUUAAACUAACAUGAAUGGGAAAUGUGGUCUUAUAAAAAUAAAAGAUUCUCUUGGAAGAACUUUCUAAGCUGUAGCUAGAUCUCAUAUAAAAAUGAGUACUCUUUGCUUUUUAACAGAUUUUAAAAUAGAUAACUUAUCACUUAAAGAAUUUCCAUUUUCUUUCUCAACUGCAAACUAUGUUACUGACUUGGUGAUUUCUGAAUAAUCUUUCCAAGAAAUAUUCUUAAAUGAUGAAAUUUUCCAGUAAUUAACCACUAUAAAAUUAGUAUACGAGAAUAUUGGUGAGCAGCAGUGCUAUUUUAAAAAAGAGUAAAUGUUCCUCAGAUGUGAAAUUUAAUACAACCUAGACUACUCAAAAUCAUAAGCCAGAUUGUGGAUAAAAAUCAAUGAUAUAUUCUAGUUCGCAGUUCCACAAAAUUUUAGAUACUACCAUUAUUUGAAGAUAUUAUCUAUAAAUCCUGCGUCCUAACUUAUGUAACUUGUAGAUGAAGAAUUACUUAUAACUGGAGACCAUUUCAUUAACAAUAACAAACUUUACUGUAUUUACUAAGGAAACUUUAUUAAAAAAUUGGUGAUUCCAGCAAUAUAUAAAUCUGAUCAAUCUCUUAAAUGUCCCUUACCUUCAUAAAUAUAUGAUAAUAGGUAAAUAAAAGUUGACAUUACUCUUGAUCCAGACUAUUUUUAGCAAUUAAAUGUUUCGAUUUCUGGUAUUACACUUAAUCUAGUAAGAAACAAUUUACCUGCAAUUGACUUUAAUGCUCUGCAUCCUUAACCUAACUACAAUUACCAACAACUUAAAUAAGCUCAAGAAACCAAAGAAAUAGCAUUUCAAACUGUUUUCAAUAACUCUAUGAAAUCUUAUCUUUAAGCCAUUACUAUUACUAGUGUUGAUAAGACUCAAUUACUUACAGGGCCAUGGAUGAAUUAAAUUAUUGUAUCGAUCUCUAAUUUAAAUUCCGAUCAGUUAUUUCUUUAGAGGAUUAGAUGUGUUCUCACAACAUAGUUUAAUAGUCAUGAUUACUUGAAUAUUAUAUCGGAUGACCACCUAAUUAACAAAGACCUUAAUCAAAUUGAAUGUUUUUUCAAAAAAGAAAUUAUCAAGGAAGCUACAUACUGUUUAGAAUUCAAAAUUAUUGAGCCAAAUUUUUAAACUUCUACUUGCUAAAAAUCAAUUAAGAUUUCCCAUAUACCAACAAUAUCAGUUAUUUAGUCUUAACAACUAAACACAAACAACUAUCUCAUUGAUACUUAGUUAAUGGGAUAUUAUCUGAAUAACUGGUCCACAUCAUGGCUUUGCUUCAUAUACUAUUUCUCAGAUGACUUAAAUUUUCCUUUCAAGAUUAAAUAUGAUUCUCUUCCGGCUUCAGUUCUCUCUAUAAAUAAAAAACUAAAAUGCGCCUUCUCUGAUAUUCUGCAUUUCUACACAAUCAUAAACUAGAUUUAAAUAGAGGGGAUAACAAAUGUGCAAGAUUAUUUUUAUGACAAAUCCUCUAAAAUCCUUGAUAAGAAUAUUCAUCCUGUAUUCAUUCAAUCUCACCUAGUUGCAAUAGUUGAUACAGAAAAAUUUGAUCAUACACUUACAUUUUAAUAUGACUAUUUCUAAUCUUAGCAAUUUCAAGAAAUAUAUCAUCCUAAUGCUAUGAUUGGAAUUUCUGGAUUUUUUCUAAAUAAUACUUAGUUUGACAUAAGAGCAAAGCUAAGAUUUGUUCUUGAUAACUCAAUCAUUACUUAUAGUGGCGCUUGUAUAAAAAUUAGUUCUUCCUAUAUUUAAUGUUAGCUUCCAUCUUCCUUUGCAUAAUAUGGAGAUUAUUUGGUAUCAUUAAAUGAAGUUCCGACUGGAUUUUAAUUAAGCGAUGAAAAUAUACUUCAAAUAGUAAUUCUGCCCAAGCCAGUCAUAUAAUCGAUUAGUUAAACAUCCUAUGUGGCUGCAAUAUCCUUUAAUAAAGAAUCACCAACAUUUAUCAAUUAGUAUAAAGUUACCUUUACACCUUCAAGCAAUUAAAUGUAUUUGAACUUGUACAAGUAAAAGUUCUAAAGUAGUACUAUUUGUAAAUUAGGAGGAUAUUAACUGGAUGUAAAAAUUAAUAGUACCUGGAUAUCUGAUAGCGUCCUUCAAUGCACAUUCUACAACUACUACGACAUUUAGCCAAGGUGUCUUGAGGUGAGUAUUAAUAAUGGUAGGAAUUUUACUUCUAAUUGUCUUGCUACUGUGAGUUCAACAAGACUACCCUUAGCAUAUUCAUAUUCACCUACUUAAACUCUUUUAAAAAAUCCUACGACUAUAACAAUAACUGGAAAAAAUUUCUUAAACUCCCAAUUAUAUUAAUGCUACUUUGCUCCAUAUCAAACUGGGUCUUAAGCAACAAUUAAAUAAGAAGAUCUAAGCUAUAAUGUCAACGCUAUUUAUGUAUCAUCUAUUUCCUUAACAUGCUAAUUGCCAGUUUCAAUCCAGAAUUACACUAACUAAAUCUCAAUAUUCUUGUUCUAGUAAGGACUAAAAAUAGUUAAAUUUCAAAUGCCAUUUACAUAUUUAGACUACAUUGAUAUAUUGAAAAUAUUCCCACUUAGAGGAACAAAAAUGGGAGGUACUCCUAUUAUUUUAAAAGUGGAUCACCUUCCCAAUUCUUCUAUAUCUAGUACAUAUACACCAUCUUGCUUAUUUUCAUUUGACUUUUUCCAAACUGGAACUUAAUUCACUGUUGGAGCAUUAAUCCUUAACUAAACACAUAUCAAAUGCUUUUCCCCAAAUGUGAACUCAUACUUCAAUGACUUGACAGAAUUUUAUAAAGACAUUUUUAUCGCAGUAAAUGAUUUAGAUGGAAUCUAUAGGAGAUAGCAGCAAGCUGUUUUCACUUACAUUAAAGACUACCAAUUAACUGGAAUAUCUCCUACUGAAAGUUACCUUGAUUAAUAAGUGACAUUAAAGAUAUACGGAACUAAUUUAUUGAAUGUUCACUCUCUGAUCCUAAAGAUGGUAGUUGCAUAAACAGGAGAAGUGCAUUAUUUUAGACAGCAUAUUCUUUUUAUUGAUGACAAAACGCUUAUUAUAUCUAUGCCGACAGUCAGAGAUUGGCGUUUUAAAUAAGAUAGGAAGAUUAAGCUCUACUUAAGUUUGAAUGAUGGAGUUGACUGGACUUCCUAAGAUAUUGUCCAUACUUUUUAUGAUGAGCCUUAAAUGACCAGGCUUAAUAAAAAUACAGCAAACUUAAAGGGAAAUGUCAGUAUCUCAAUUUAUGGGAUUAACUUUCGCAAUGACAUAACGCAAUGCCUAUUUGGACCUCUUACAGCACCAGCAACAAUCGUUAGUCCAAAUGAAGUAAAAUGCUUGGCACCACCCUCUGAAAAAAAUUAAGUAGUGAGAAUGAAUCUAUUGAUCUCAAAUAAUUAUGUCAUUCGUUUUGCUUAUAUCUAUUUUUACUUUGAAGAUGCGACCUAAAUUAAUGAAGUUGUACCUUAAGAAGGAUUUAUUGCUGGAGGAAAUUCAGUUAAAAUCAUAGGCAACUUCAGUCUAUUUUGGGAUAAGCAUUUUGACUUGUACUUUGGAAUACAAUUGAUUAGUAACUUUAUUUUGAAAAGUGAAACUGUUAUAUAAAUAAUAGUCCCACCAGUUGCAACUCCAUAAGAUGUUACCAUAACUUUCGUCUAUGAAAAACUUAUUUACAACAAUGAAACAAUUUACUAUACUUACAAAAUAUAUUCCGAAUUAGCAUCUAUUGUCCCAGAUUACGGGCCAACAAGUGGAGGUACUUUGAUUGAAGUGAGAGGUGAAAGAUUUGAUGACUAAGCUUACUGCUUUUUAGAUGGAACUAUCAUCAAGCCAAUUAUAAUCAAUAAGACACUCAUGCUUUGCGAAUCACCCAGACAUGAUGAAGAAUAAGACCUCUUAUUUGAGCUGGAAUUCAACGGUGGAGUAUAUCAAACUUCAACUGGACUAACAUACUCCUACUACAAUGAUGUUCAAAUAAACUAUCUUGACCCUCCUUAUAUUAGCAUGAAUGCUGGAAUCAAUAAUGUUGAUGUUAAAGUCUUUGGAUUUGGAUUUAUAAACACACCCAACCUUAGAAUAAGAGUUGAUGAAAAGAUAAUAACUCCAACAUAUAUAUCUAAUCGAAUAAUUCAAUUCAAAGCUCCAAAUGUUUUAUAAGAAGGCCCAUACUUUGUCUUUGUUAGCAAUAAUGGUAUAGACUUCUAAAGAGGAAGUUCUAACGUAGUCUUGACUUAUUACAGAUUCUUUGGAAUUUUUUCUCUGAGUAUUACAAAAGUUCAAAUAGGAAAUGAAUUGAAAAUCACUGUCUAUGGCUAUAAUUUUCCAACUCAAGGCACAUUUUAUUGUAUUUAUGGAAAAACCUCAAAAUAUCCGUACUCUUAAACCAAUAUUUUGGCUGAAUUGAAUACUACAAACCAGUUCAAAUGUAAUAUUCCAACUUACUUGGGCAUAUUAAAUGCAUAUACUUAAAUUGAUUUCAGGGUAUCUUACAAUCUCCAAGAGUACUAUGGCGAUUUAAGUCUGUUUUAUUAUCCUCCUAUUGAACUUGAUUAUUUUUAGAAUACUGAAAUCACACAGAGUCAGUCCCUAAUUGUAUUGACUGUUUUCGGUAAAAAUUACAUAAAUACUGCCAAUGAAUUGACAUGCCUUCUAUAGAACUCUAAAACUUAAGCAAAAGCAUUCAACAUACUAUUCAUUGAAGAUAAUUAAAUUUUAUGCAGCUUUGACAUGCUUGACUCAGGGUUUUAUGAUCUUUAUAUUUCCAAUAACGGGCUACAAUAUAUCAAAGCUUCAGAAUAGCUUUAGAUUCUUGAUUCAAUACAGGUUUAUAAUGUAGAGCCUAAGAUAAUACUUUCAAAUAUGAAGCAGUAAUUUAUAUAUGUAGAAGCUAAUAAUCUUUUGACAGAUAGUUAAUGCCUUUUUGAAAUAAUAAACUCAGACUAUAAACUCAUUGUGCCGACUAGAGAUAUAAUUCCUGGAUAAUUGCUGAAUUCAAAUCUUUUGAUUUGCUAAACACCAGAUUACAAAGAUAUGGGAUCAGUUGAUGUUAAUAUAAGAAUUACAUAUGGAUUAUAACCGUUGAAGACCUAAAGUGCAAGCUAUAUUCAGAUUAAAUUCUUAGAUAGAUGUCCUCCAGGUUAUGCUUGCAGGGAUAAUAGAUUAUUCGAAUGUCCUAAAGGACAUUUUUGCUUAGGAGGUGGAUAAUCAUAGCUUCCUAGGCCUUGCCCUAUAGGAUAUUUUUAAGAUAAACCUCAAUCUUCUUACUGUAAAGGAUGUCUUAAAGGGUUUUUGUGCCCAUUUAAUGGUAUGGAGAAUCCGAUAGUAUGCCCUGAAGGAUUUAUCUGCUCAAGGGAAAAGCUAAAUUCACCUGACUAGUAAUGCUCAAAAGGAUCUUAUUGCUUUAAUGGAACUUAGUCAGAGGACAUAUUGGACACAAAUUAUUUUCUUGGCUUGCCAUUCAAAUGCACUCCUGGUUCAUAUUGUAGAAUUGGCAUGAAAACAGGAGUGGUCACUUACAAUUCUAAUUCAAGUAAUCCUUCUCCUUGCAAAUAAGGAAUGAUUUGUCAUGAAGGAUCAGAAGAUGUUGGAGGUGUUGGUGCUUGCCCUGCUGGAUACUUUUGUCCAUUCAAUAAUGAUAUUGGUAUACCAUGUCCUCCUAGACAUUAUUGUCCAGACAGAGGAAAUUCAAUGCCUUUAUAAUGUCCAAAAGGUACAUUCAACAUGCAUUAUGGACAAAAGAACUGCACUUAGUGUACCUUAGGCAGAUAUUGUCCAAUUUAGGGUCUAUUUUUGCCACUUAUUUGUCCACCAGGAUAUGCUUGCAAUAAAGAAGCACUAAUUAUACCUGAUAAUCUGUGUAAGGCUGGCCACAUUUGCUUAGGAGGAGUUAUGUCAGCGUCAUCAGUAAAAGGAAGAAGUUGCUAUAUGACCUAUACAAUUGGUGGAGUAAAUCCUUGUCAAUAUGGAGUUUUAGUUGAGGCAGGAUCCCUAAAAUAUAGAAGUGCUGAAAAGUUCUAUAACUACUUUUACAAUAUAUCUGUGUGUUGUAUGAAUGGAACUGAAGUUUCAAACUAUGUAGCUGGUAUAGGGAAAAAUAUAGGAAUGGUCAAGGUGUUUUAAGGCUAUUCCUAUAUUGUCAAUUCAACUGGAACUGGCAGUGGUAAAACGUUUGUUCAUUAAUGGGAUGGAAUGAGAAUUGUAGAUAAAGCUGCAUUUAACCAGGGCUUGAAUGAUUCAGAUAAUUUGCCUGUACCUGUAAGCAAGCAUAGAAAUCUGAUAAAGAAUUACUUUCAGCUAUAGUAUACAAAUUAUAUGCAAAAGAUUUGCCCUGGAGGAUUCUUAUGUCUGGAAGGAGUUUAUACUUUUAAAGCAGAUAACUACUUGAUAUCUACACCUUUCCCAUGUCCACUUGGAUCUUAUUGCUUGAAAGGAUCAGAUUCAGUUAUUGGCACAGGCUUAUGUCCAAUCGGAUUCUUCUGUCCAACUCAAACUGAAUUUCCUUAAGAAGCUGAAGAAGGAUUUUAUACUGGAACUCCUGGUGCUGUAGAAGCUUAGCAAUGCUAGCCUGGUACAUUUGCCCUUGGAACAAAGUCAGCAACAUGCUCUUAAUGCCCUAAUGGGUAUGAAUGUAAAGAUAAAGGAACAUCAACUCCAAGCAUUUGUCAUGCUGGAUAUUACAGAUCAAUUACGGAAAGUAAUGUGUGCACUGCUUGUCCUAAAGGAACGUUUAGCUUUGAAAGAGGAAUAAGAGACUAGCUAGAGUGCUUGGAAUGCCCGCCUGGCAGAAUAUGCGAAAAUGAAGCUUAUAGGAACAUUACAUCUUCAAUUCCAUGUACAGAUGGAUAGGUAUGCUCUUCUGGAUCAGGAGCUAGAGAAACUAAGUAAUGCCCUGAGGGGUUCUAUUGUCCGAAGGAAACAACUCCAUUUACUAAACACAAUAAUAAAUGUGAGGCUGGAUUCUUCUGCCGUAUUGGGACUGGAGAGUCAACUAAGACUCGUGAUACUUGCCCACAGACCUAUUUCUGCCCUAGUGGAACAGGGGAACUCUCAGCUGUUGAAGAUCCUGCAGACUACACUGCCUAUGCAUCAGAUCCACCAACAAGGUGCCCAUAAGGCAGUGGUAAUGAUGGUCAAGAUACAAAAUCUCACAUACAUAAUUGCACUAUUGAUGCAUAAUUCAAACUUCUUGUGGGAGAAAUAGAUAUAAGAGAUCUUCAAGCAGGAACAACAAGUGGUACAACUUCUAGACUUCUAUUCAGUAGCCCUUCCUAAAUAUAUGGAAGAAGACUUGAAACAAAUAUUUACACAAGAGAAAAUCCAAUAUUACAGGAUCUUUACGAAAUUGAUUACAUUCUAGGAGAUUUCUUCGACUAGCCUGAUUACGAAACUAAGGCAAGUCCUUGGGAAGAAUUUAUUAACUUUAAAAGAAAGUACGUAACCAGAUGGAGUCCUCUAAAUAUGACUUUAAUCAGUGACUAUGAAGAGAUGGAGGAGCUUUCAGAUGAAGCAUUGCUAACAAAUGUACCUAAUGUUAUUUUUGAAUUGAAUCCAAGUUCAUUUGCCCUGAUUACAUUAGAUUUGAGGCAUUUAAGAGAUGAAGAUAUUGAUUGGACAUAUGGUGAGGACUAUCAAAUAUCAAUAACUGUAAAUUCUGAGCUUAAAAUUGAGGAUGAAUCAUUCCCUAUUCAAAUGCCAGAAUAAUUCCUUUCCGAAAAAACGGAUAAGUCAUAAGUUCUUGAACUUUCUCUAUUUGCCCUAGAAAAAAUUCGCUUUAGAGUUGAUAUUCUACUUUAUAAUUCCUUGUUCCUCAAUUACAAGUAUUUGUUUGUAAACACGACAUCAGUAGAAAUAAGAAAACCAAAUAGAGCUAGUUUUGGAACAGAAUAAACAUUUAUAGCAAGUUUAGUUAAUGAGUAUUAAAUUUCAUUGCCACUCAAUAUACCAAAGUAAAUGCCUGAUAAAGUAUCUCUACCAUCUAAUUUGGUGUCAUUUGCAUACAGUUAAGAUAACUGGGACCCUAUUUAGCAUAAAUAAUAGAAGAACAGAAAUAUUUGGAUACCAUCAUCUCUAUAUUGGGGUGAUAGAAGCAGAAUUAAUUUACCCUUUUUACCAUUCUUUUCUAAUUGUAAAGGAUUUGGAAAGCACAUUCCAUUUUGGGCUUUGAUGGAGUAGAACUAUUAAUGCACAUUGAUUCCAUAAAAUGAAACACUAUGGAUGACUGAGUAUUCCUUUGGUCUAAAGCCAACAGCAGAUGUUUGUGAAACUGUAGAAAUAGAUUGUAUUUAUGACGAAAUUUUCGACACAAAUUAGCCUUUAUAAAGAUGGUUUGAAAUAGAAGCAUAAACUCCACUCUUUGAUAUAACUGUCAAUCCAGCAUUAUUUGAGGACUUAGUGGACGCUGACUUUGAUUCUACUUAAGUGUUUAAUGUAUUUCCUAUGUUCGAAGGAGACUUUUCUGGGUUAGUUCCUAAACAAAUCUAGCUAACAUUGUCAUAUUAUCAGGUCGAUGAAUCAUUGAAAAGAAUUAUUAUCGCAGAGCUUUUAUAUGACUAGUUUGAGGAGCUAACAGAGGCAGAAAACUCUGGAGCAGAGAUAGUUAGCUACAAACUAACAUUCUCAUUCUAGCCAUUAUCUCAUUAAGAUCUGACUAUCAACUUUGCCUUUGGAUGGGAUUUUUAUGUGGUGCUCUAUCUUAUUGUAGGAAUGAUUGCAGUGUUUGAUGUAUUUGUAUUUAUGGUCUACCAUAGAUUGAUAUGCAGACCAUCACCAGGUAAAACUCUAGCAAAGUUUAAGUUUAUAAGUUACCUAAAGCUAACUAUUCCACCAGCCUUGUGGGGCAUCGUAUUGGCUAUGAUUCCUAUUACUGCAGGAAAUUUCUUUAUUUCUGCAUUAUAUCCUUGUGAUGACGCAACUGGAGCAGGAUAAUGUAUCAAGACAUUGUUCGAUAACAUAAAAGAUGAUCCAAAUAAUGUUGAAGUUGAUUACUAAUCAUUAAGAGUAGGAAGAUGCGGUACAUCAUUCCUCGUAAUGGGCGCCUAUAUCAUAUAUGUGGGAUUGACAAUUCUGAUUCCAGAUAAGACAAAUCAUAAUAGAGUUCCAGAAGCUUUUGAUGGAAAUGUUUGGGAAUUCUAUGCAUGGAAACGAAGUAAUAUGGUAUUCGUCUCAGUCUUCCUUUUGUUUUUUGAGCUGGCAAUUAUUUAGUUUUCCUUCUCCCCCACUUAUGGAGAUAACAUUUGGUAUAUGAUUGGGCUUAUGAAAAUAGUAUAGAUUUUAGCUGAAAAUUUGAUAGAAAGAUGUCUUGAAGAAGCCCUGCUAGUAUCGCCCUUAUCUGUGAGCAUAGGUGUUAUGUAGGGUCUUAUUACCUUUGGAGCUUCAAAUUUCUUGGACUUUUUGAAUGGAUUUUUUAUUGAAAUCGGUAUCUAAAUGUUUGAAAGACCCUAUCUUGAGCCUAUCGUUGGAGUGAUUCAGGAUUACUUAGAAGAAAAAAUUCCUCUAGUUUACACAUCUUUAGUUAAAUGGAUAAGAAAUGAAGAUGAGUUAGCUGAUAAAAAGCAAGUGUAAACAAUUCAAAAAGAAGAUGGGGAGGGUUAAGAUCUAAACAAAACGAAUGAUAAUGAUAGAACUGCUAUGAGCUAGCAGAAUGAAGGAGGAGAGGAAGAAGAUGGAUAAAAGAAGGAAAAACUCAUGUUUGAAGGAGAUUCAUAAGAAUCGUCUAGGUCAGAAAUUUACUAUUCUGAGGACAGUAGUUUUCAUUCAAGAAAUGAAGAAGAUGUCUUCGAUGAUAAUCCAAACGCCUAUCUUUUGAAUUAAAAUGAUAUGAAUCAGUCUGAAAUAGCAUCAGUGGAUCUCUCAAAAGAGAUCAAAGAAUUAAGAUUGAAAAUUAAGAAAUCAAAGGAGCAAAUUAAGGACGAAAAGAAAAAUGAAGAAGAUGAGAAAUAGGAGGACGAAGAAGAAUUUGAAGAUUUUGAUGAAUAUUAAGAUAGAAAAGACGAUUCUGCGAAUGAGAGUGAUAUCAAGUUAGAUUAGGAUGUUGAACAGUAACUUGUAGAACCAUUACUCGAUUGCUUUGUGGGUUAUGCUAAUGAUACACUUUCUCUUCUCUACUAACCAUUCUUUACUGCAUUACUUUGGAUUUUCUAUGAUGAAACAAUUGUAGCAAACCUUUAUGGAAUUAAAAUUCAGGAUUUCGUGUAUUAUUUCCUUUUCAAUAUCGUCAUUAUUCCUUUCCAAAUUACUAUUGAUAUUUUCUUCCAUAAUAUACUGGAAUGGUAUAAUGAUCUCCCUGUGCAUGAUUACUUAGAUUAUUUGGCAUUCAGAUUUAAAACAAGAAAAACUAGAUGGAAGGGUAAUGAAACCACUACAAACGUUUAUAUUGAGGAAACUCUGAGAUCCUUGGAUUAGCUUUGCUUUUCAUCCUAAUAUUUCUUCGUCGUUACUCUUUAUGUAUCUGGAAUUACUUAAUUACUUCUUGGCAUUCAAAUCUUACUUUGGGAGAAACAAUAUAACAUUUUCGGAGAUUUCGGAACUCUUCCAUUAGUAGGUUUCAUGAUGAGUUUAUGCAUUGUAACUCAUAGGUUGUGUUUAUUCUUCGGAAAAAUUCUGAAGAUUUGGAAAAUUGAUGAAACUAUGGAAAAACUAGAAAAAAAAGAUGAGGAUAUGUCAAUAGCUCUACUUUUCAAUCGUAUUUUGGAGCCAGAAAAGUUCAAAAAUAUGAAUGGAAAUAAGGAUACUCCAGACGAUGUGAAAUUUGAUCCGAAGAAAUGGCGAUUAAUUGACAGAAUCAAGUUAGAUGAAGAGACUAAUAAAAUAGACUUAAUGACUGAUAGAAUGAUAGCAUAGACUUUCAGAGACAUGUUUAUGAAGUAUAAUAAGCCAUGGAUAUAAGAGCAAAUGUAUGAAGUAUUUACCCCUAGAACUCUAUUUAUGUACAGGAAAGAUAUUAUCGAUCAAUUUAAGAAGGUGCUUGGCAACAUUUAACCCAAUGUUUCGUUAGAUUCAGAAAAUUCAAAUGAGUCCAAGCAAGAUAACACAGAUAGUUUGCUUCUUAACUCAGCUGAUUUGCAAAAGGAAAUUUUCAAAAAGAAGAAGAAAUUCGUUCCCACAUAAGAGGAACUGGACUGGGUCAAAGCGAACGAUGUUCCUACUACAAGGGCUAUAAUCAGGUUUUGGAUAUUAAGAGCAAGAAUGAAGUAGAAAGUUAGAAUAUAGGUUAACAAAAUGAUAGAUUCCUAAAUCAAGAAAAACUGUUUGUAUUGCAAGGCUACAUUUGGACUCAAGGCUGAACUGAUAUAAAAUAUAGAAGAUCUGUUUUAUGAAUUCUUGAAAGACAAGAAUUAGGAUCUAGUGAAUUAUGAUAUUUUAAAAUGGUAGAGAUACUUCUUGAGAAAAGCAUCUAUUAGAACAAUAUGUAUUGACUGUACUACUGCUAUUGAAAAAUUCCAUCUAAGAGUUAGAAAGCAAAUUAAAGUAAAGGAAGAAACUGGCAAAAUACCGAAUAUUGAUGAUGAUGAAAUUGACGAAGUUGAUGAUUCAAUUGAUGAUAGUAUUGGACUGCAAAAAAGAAAGAACAAAAUAAAAGCGAUUUCUCAAGGUGCAAAGCUUGUCAUCAAGAAUUUCAUAGGCAAUGCACGUAAAAGAUUAAGAAAUCCAAAGAGAUAGCGAUUAUGGAUACCUGAAGAUGCAGAAAAUUUAGACAAAUAAGAGUGA